GCCGCUGAAAUUUUUGUGGUGAUCUAGUCUAAACAUAAGCUUCCAAAUGACAUACGUCUCAAUUUAAAGUCCGGGACUAGAUUGGCUUCCUUUCCUUGUUAGGUAUAAUUAGUUAAAAGUUCAGAAACACGUGAAAUUUAUUUCCGAGAGAAAAAAACCCAAAUCCGUAAAAGAAGUAAUCAUCUUUUGAAUAAUUCAUUUCGCAUUACGUUAUUAUUUUUUCAAAAUUCUAAUUCGUUAUCAUGACUUCUGUCAAUCCUCCAGUCCGUCGAAGUGAAGACAAAAAAAGACGAAGAGAUGGAAAAACACAAGCUGGUCAAAAGCGUACUUCUAGUAUUCCCUCAAAAUCUUCAAGUGGUGGUCUGGUGACUCCUCCUCCUCCAGUAAUUGCUCCGCCUGUCGUGGUUUUACCAGUUCUGCUCCAGGCAAAUCUGAUAAAAGAUCCUGUUGCCAUGUCUCCUAAUGUACCAGUGAAGGAAGGGAAAGCCACUCGUAGAAAAGAGAAAUCAAUCGAAAAAAAAGAACAUGAGCAGCCUAAGACUACACACCGCAAAAAGAAGAGCUCCCUAUCAGCAUCACUUGAAGGAAAAACAUCAGGCGAAAACGAAGCGCCGAAAGCGGAGCAGAAAAAGUCUUCAACGGAAUCUGGUAAGAAGCAGGUAGAUCUAAAUUCGGAUGGAUCAAAAGAGCCACCAGAAGAAGAAAAAAACAAACAAAAGUUAAACAAAGAUUUGGCCAAACAUUUUUUCAAGCAUAUUCAAGAGUCACAUAAGUCGCGGAAGAAAGCAGAUGAUAGGCGUAUAGAAGUCAUGCCCGAAUCGAGUCAACUAAAUGUUUCUGCAAGAUCUCUUCGGAAAAAGACUCAGAAAAAGCCAAAAACAGUCCUUGAUUUGGAAAUCUUCAAACCAAAUGGAGAGCCUGUAUGGGUGACUGACAAGCCGCCUAGUGAAUGUGAAAAGGAUGAGGACGGAGUAAUAAUCACAAACCCAGAAUUGGCAGCUGCUCUUGCAGAAGAUAAUUUGGAAAUGGAUGAAAGGAAAUAUCUGGAUUAUGUGGAGGAUUAUAUGUCGUGUGCAAUGCCUAGAGGUCCAGCUUUACCAGAAAACCAUCAAUUCGAUCCACUCGCUACAGUUGAGAAGUUAGCGUCUAAUAGUGAGUAUGUUACUCAGGAUACAGUAACCUAUAACACUGUUAAAAAUUUGUUCGAUUUGAGUGAAGAUGCGAUUAAACGGUUUGCUAUGAAACGAGAUGGACUGGAUGAAAGAGCAAGAGGCAUUAAAGAAAUUACGGCUUCCGAAACACCAAGUACUACAUCCAUUGUUCCACCAAAGGAUCCGGAUCAGAUUCAGCAGAAGACAGCUUUGACGUCGAUUACAUUUAAUCUAAUCAAUAAUAUCGUUUUACACUAUGAUCGCCAUCAUCCUAUUGCCUCAAUUCAAAAAUGCCGCAAGAAAAUCGAGCAGUGUACUCAACCGUCAAUGAAUAAUCCAUAGCUGAUGACUGUUUUUCUUCUAAAAUAAACGCAUCUUAUUC